GUGUGUAUGUGCGCGCGCGCGUGUGGAGCAGCCUUGGGAGCAAGGUGCCCAGGUUCUGCGUUGGGGAAGGCGGGAGUAGCCCUCGAGCUAUGAGCUGGGCGACUGGCCGUGGGCUCUUCUUGCUCAGGCUGCGCAGGGGUGAGCGCGCUGCAGAGAUGCCAGGCCGCUGUGUGCGGCCCAGCAGGUCCCGGCAUGGAGUUCGCUGGCCAAGGGGGAAGAGAUGGGUUGCAAGGACCACCCGAGGCCGAAGAGUCAGGCGCCGGGUGAGGUCCUUGGUGUGGGAGACGCGCUGUGUCAGUGCAGAAAGGCUGCAGCCGAAAGGUCGGCAGCCACGAGGGAGAAGACCAGCGGCGGAUACGGCAGGGGCCAAGGAGGCUUCGAGGUCGCCUGGCACUGCAGGCUCAAUGGAGGCUGCAGGGGACCCUGGGGCUGUGUGGGUGAACGGAGCUGUGGGGGAACCCCAGGUGGUGGGGCCUGCCGGAUCUGUGUGGGUGACGGACACUGGGGAGGAGGAGCAGACAGUUUAUAGGAGCCCCCGGGGCUGUGAGAGGAAAGGUCGUCCUGGAUCCAUGGGGCAUGAGAGCAUUCUGGAGCUGUGGCUGAAGGUGCAGGCUAUGAGAGCCGCUUCAGGGUGUGGGGAAGGAAGCAGAGUCGAGCUCCAUCCUGUACCUCCAGGAGAGGGACCAGUUGAAAGGGGUGUACCUGGCCGAGCUUCGUGGGUAGAGACCAGCCGUGGGGGUCUUACAGGGCCGUGGGUGGAAGGACAGGUCAGGGCAGCCCCACAGGCCUCAGGAAUAUCUACAGUGACUGGCCUACGGGCAGGUUGUGAGAGGCCCUCAGGCUUGAGUGGGCCUGGGCAGGCUGUGGGGGUGCCUCCUGUGGGUGUGCCUGGAGCUGUGGAGAUAGGCUCUGCGGUGGUCCCACCCCUGCUGGAGGCAGGACAAGCCGUGGGGGUGCCUGGAGCAGUGGAGGAGAUAGGCCAGGACGUUGCCCCAGGCCAUUGGGGAAAAGGACCGACUGUGAGGGUACGAGGGGCUGUGGCGUGGCCUGAGGCUGUGGAGGUCCCCAGAGCUGCAGAGGGAGAGGUAGGCUGCGGGGGAGCUCCAGGGCUGUGGGGGAGAGGGCAGUCAAUGCAGGUGCCUGGGGCUUCAGUACAAGAUGCUGUCUGUGGAGGUACCCUGGGCUUAUGGGGAAGGGGACAGGCUAUGGGGGUGCCCAGAGCUGUAGAGGAGGAAACUGCCUCUGUGGGUGCUCCAGGCAUAUGGCGAAGGAGACCAGCUCUGGAGGAGAUAGGCCCUGGGGGCAUCCCUGACCUGUGGGGCACCAGAGAGCCUGUAGGGGUACCUUGUGCUACUGAAGAGGAAACUAGAUGUGGUGGUGACCCAGGGUUCAGGGACAGGGGACAGGCUGUGUGGGCGGAGACAGGCUCUGCAGGUGACCCGGGAUCAUGGGAAGCUGCCCAGACGGCCGGGGUAUCUGGUCCUGAUGAGCAGGAGGCAGGUCCUGAGGGUGCUCCAGGCCUUUGGAGUGUAGGGCAGGUUAUGGGAGUACCUAGGGCUUUGGGGAAGGAGGUAGGCUGUGGGGGUGUCCCAGGUCUGUGGGGAAUAGACCAGCCUGUGGGUGUGUCCCAGGCUGGGGCAGUGCCAGAAGUCAUAGGAGGGCAGGCACGCUUUGGUGAUGUCCCAGGCCUGUGGGACAGGCAGCAGGCUCUGGGGCAGCCUCUGGCGGAUUCAGUGCCAGGGGAGGUUGGGGAGGAGACAUGCUGCGAGAAUGUCCUGAGUCUGUGGGAGAGGAGGCCGGCUAUCAGGGAGCAAGAGGCGCUGGUGCCUACAGCUUUAGGGCUACCUGGAUGUGUGGGUCCGGAGACCGGCUAUAGGGAUGAUUCGUGUCCGUGCAGGAGGAGAGAGCAAAGGAGAGAACAGGCUGUGGGCUUGUCUGAGACAAUAGGGAUGUCCGAGUCAUCAAGCAUACCCAAGCACAGGUGUGCCCCGGCGGGGGUACCCACAGCCACAGGCGUACCUGGAUCUGGGAGGGUGCCUGCUGCUGUGUGGGCAUCUGGCCCUGUGUGCCCAGAAAUCGGCUCUAGAGAUGUCUUGAACCUGUGGGAAAGAGGUCACACUAGUAGAAUACCCAUGGCUUCAGGGGUACCUGCGGCUUCUGAGGAACUGUUUCCUGUGAGAGAGAACGCUGGUUCUGCGGUGCUCCCAGGAUUAUGGGGAGGGAGACAGGUUAUCGGGGUUCCGGAGACCGACAGGGUUUCUGUGGCUCCCGACGUACCUGGCCUUUUGGCGGGGGAGACCAGCUCUGGGGGUGUCCCAAGAUCUUGGGGAAGGAGACCGAGUGCCAGGGUUCCUGUGGCUGCUGUUGAGGUGCCCAACGCUCCCGGGGUGCCCUGCCCUCUGGGAGUGGAGACUGGUCCUGGGGGUUUCUCACACUUGCCUGGAAGGAGGGGGACUUCAGGCGCAGCUCUGACUGCAGGGGUGUCCACAGCGGGUGGGGUGCCUCCUGCUCCCAGGGCCUCUAGGCCUAUGCAGGUGGAGUCUGGUUCUGGAGGUGUCUCAGGCUCAUGGGGAGAGAGGGAGACAGCGCAAGGACCAGCAGAUGCCAGGGGUCCCACAAGGAUGCUGAUGCCCGCCACUGCCAGGAUGCCCGGGAGCAUCUCAGGCUUGUUGGCAGGGAGACAGACUGCAGGGGUGUCCAUGGCUGUGGGGCUGUGCAAAGACCCAGCGGUGCCUGGGCCUGUAGGAGAGGAGACACUCUCUAGGAGUCUCCUGGGCUUAUCGGGAAGACGACAGACUGCAGAGAAGCCUGUGGCUGCUGGAGUUUCCAUGGCUGUGGGAGUCCCCACAGCUGCUGGGGUUCCUGGGCCGAUGGUGGGCGACACUAGCUCUGAGGACGUCUCAGGUGUGUGGGGAAGGAGACGGGCGACUGAGAGGCCCUCUGCUGCCAGGGCUCCAGGACCUGUGGACGGGGAGACUGGCUCUGAAGGUGUCUCAGGUCUGUGGAGACGGAGACCCAAUGGACUAGUGCCUGAGGCUGUGAGGGCACCUCUGUCUUUGGGGGUGCUUGCGGCCGUAGGGGUUCCCAUGGCGGGGCGCGUGCCUGCUGCGGUGUGGGUAGCUGGGUCUGCAGGAGAAGAAACAAGUGCUGCUGUCUCAGGCCUCACAGUGUCAAGGAAACAGUCUACAGAGGGACCUGGGGCGUCCGGGGAGGAGACUGGAGGUAGGAGUAUCCUGGGGCUGGCGGAGAGGAGCCAGGCAACGGGGGUGUCUUACACCCCUGGGCGUGGGACCAGGUUAUGCAGCUGCCCAGGGUCUGUGGGGGGAGAAAGAGGCUGUGAGAAUGUGCCACCAGUGUCUGGGACUAGAAUGACUGCAGGGGUGAGUGAGGCUGGGACGGUGUCCCCAGUUUCGAGGGAGGAAACGGGCACUGGCCGUUUCAGAGGUGACCGGCCGCGGAAAGGGAGGGGACAGGCCGAGCGAGUGUCUGGCAUCAGAGUGAGGGGGGACGGUUUGGGAGAAAAUUGUGUGGGGGAGGACAGGCUGAGGGGGCCAUUCCAGUAG